GUGCGCAAACCGAUUGAACCUUGCGCUUUACGACUAGCAAAAAAAAAAAAAAAAAUGCAAAUUUGUCCAAGAGCAGCAAGCUGUUUUCAUUUCCUAAUCUUUAGAGACUUGCAGCAGCUAUAAGGGUGUGAUCACAGGAGAAGCAGAAAAGGUGGGAGGGAGGGAUCUGAGUCUUUCUAACCAGAAGCGCGAGCUGAUCUAACAGUGUUGAGGAUUCAACUGAUCUGUUAUCUGAUGUCAGUAAGUCCUGUAUGAGGGCUGUGUGAGUAACAAACUUUCAGUCCUCAGGCGGAUCCCAGGAAAACUCCCAGCAUUACCUGAGCCGAGUGCGCUAAAGUGCCAUGUUGCAGACAGUCGGCGAGUGGCUGUGGUGGGAGAGUUUGUGGCUGCCUGCAAACGUCUCCUGGUCGGAUCUGGAGGACAAAGAAGGCCGUGUCUAUGCUAAAGCCUCCCAGCUUUACGGUGCUCUGCCCUGCGCCCUCUGCCUGCUUCUGCUCAGAUACCUGUUCGAGAGGUACUUGGCCAUGCCCCUGGCUAAUGCUUGGGGGAUCAAGGACAAGGUACGUCUCACAGCAGAACAAAACCCCGUCCUAGAAAAGUUCUUCUGCAGCCAAGCACGAAAUCCAUCACAGGCUGAUGUUCGCUCUCUGUGUAAGAAGACCAGUUGGCCUCAGAGGAGAGUUGAAGUUUGGUUCAGAAGGAGGAGGAAUCAAGAUCGACCUGGGCUGCAGAAGAGAUUCUGUGAGGCCAGCUGGAGAUGCUUUUUUUAUCUGUCUGCUUUUAUUGGAGGAAUCUGGGCCCUUCAUGAUAAACCUUGGCUUUAUGAUCUAAAGGAGAUUUGGGCCGAAUUUCCAAAGCAGUCUAUGCUGCCAUCACAGUACUGGUAUUACCUUUUAGAAAUGGGCUUCUACAUUUCUUUGCUUCUCAGCCUCACAUUUGAUGUGAAACGUAAAGACUUUAAAGAGCAGGUGAUUCAUCACAUAGCUACACUGACUCUACUGAGCUUCUCCUGGAUUUCAAACUAUAUUCGUAUUGGAACCCUUGUGAUGGCAGUCCAUGACUCUUCUGAUGUACUGCUUGAGGGUGCAAAGGUAUUAAACUACGCCAAGUGGCACCAGACUGCUAAUGCCAUUUUUGUGGUGUUUACAGUUCUAUUUAUGGGUACAAGACUUGUUUAUUUUCCUUUCUGGCUUAUUCACUGUACAUGGGUGUACCCAUUGGAGAGAUAUGCACCCUUCUUUGGCUACUAUUUCUUCAACGUCAUGUUGGUGGUUCUGCUGAUUCUCCACAUCUACUGGGCUUUUUUGAUAUCACGCAUGCUUUACAAGUUCGUUUUCAGCAAGCUUGAAGGUGAUCUCCGGAGUGACGAAGAGGAGAAUGACAGUGAUUCACCAAAGGAGCAAAGGCACAAACUGAGUCAUAUGAAUGGCCAUGGUGCCAGAGGCCGAGCCAAUGGUCACUAACAUAUACAGAAGGAAACAGAAAAAAAAGGAGUGUCAACGAGAAACUGGUGGACAAUUCCUAGUUGGAGAGCAGCUGUUAAAAUGUAAUUGCUCAUAAAAUAAAAUAAACAAAUUCUUUUUACAUAAAAUUUUAAAACAACUGUGAA